AUGGCAACUAAUAACAAUGAAGUGGUUGUAGAUGAAAUACACAUGGCUAUAAAUAAUGAUGAGAGCGCUGAUACCGAAAGAUCAAAUUUAUCGGAGAAUUUGGUAGAAGAGUCCUUCGGUAAUGACAGCGACGAAGAAAUGGUUGACUCGGAUAAGAUUCGAGAUACUGCUAAGCUGUUAUUGAGGAAAUUACCUUCUAAAUUUUUAUUACAAUAUGAGGAUGAUAUGUUCCUCCUGUUUGACUACGAUGAAAAUGAUGAUGAUAAUGAAUCUCAAGAAAAUGAUAACGAUUCUCAAAAUUCUUACCCAAUAAUAUGCGAAGAUAUUGAUGCUUGUCAUGAAUCGUUCAAACAUUUAUUGAUUGUAAUAAGAAAGUUUAUACAAGGUUAUUACAAUGGUGUAACAUUAGGAGCAAAAGAGAUAGUAAUCAGCAUCCCAAUUCUAGAUUUAAUAAUAUAUGAAGAUAAUAUGUACAAUGACCAGGUAUCAUUUAACGACUUGGAGACCAUUUUCCAAACAUUACGGAAAAGAUCACUAAUUGAGAAAGAGGAUAAUAUUCCAAAAUAUCUGAGUGGUGUCAUUACAACUAGACCAAGGUUUGUCUCGAGAUAUAACACUUUAGUCGAACUUACUGAAGGUUCUGCAACCUUAAAGAAUAUUAAACCCUUUUUUAAUGACGAGGACAAUCCAGUAGUCCUAGAUGAUGAGGAUGAACAGCCGGAGGGGUCUAAAAAUGAGAAAGAUAAUAAUGACGGAAUUGCCAUUUUGGAUGAUUAA